AUGCCUACUUGCAAGUUGACUGCAGGUGGCUCGCAAACAUCCAUUUUGUGCACAGAUUCUCGCAAGUGUGUCUCGCAUUGGUCUCGCAGGUGUAUCGCAAGUGAUGCGCAAGUUGCACGCAAGUGUACGCAAGUGUAUCUUAAAUGUGUCGCAGGUGGGCACAGGAAAAUCUGUGUGCCAUCUGCGGACACAGGUUGCGUGCCAGUUGCGAACCGAAAAGAAGUAUCUGCGGUCACUUGCGUGCAGACCAAUCCAGUUGCAUGCACAUUAGACCUAGUGAGCCAAGUAUCUGCGGGCAUCUGCGAGCAUCAGGGCACCUUGCUGAGAUUUCAUAUUUCUUGA